AGACGAUCUUGUUCAAGGAGAGUAGGACGUCAUAUGCCGAAACUUCUUGGAUGUCUCAACUGUAUUAAGUAACGCACACUCGUCGUCUCCUUCCCGGGGCGCCAUGGCGACAGCAGCAGGCAGGCGGCGGAAAAGCCGCCGCUGCGUUCACUGAAACAACCAUGACGUGCAGUGGGUGUGUCUUCAAGGAAUGCAGUCCUGCAUUUUGCAUCAAUCGUAACGGGCUGCUUAAUGUCAACAAGUCUGAACCGUUCUUCAGCUUCCGACGGAAGAGCAAGUUUACCAAAAUGGCUGAGCACUUUGAGUACAAUCACAUUCCAGCCCAGCUGUCCUCCAUUCAGAACUUCCACGUGAACAGCGUCCUUUGCGCGCAGGGACAAACCGUCAUUCUGCAUCUGGUGCGUAACCUCAUGACCCAGUUUGGAAUCAUUGACCUGAAGGCCAAUAAAUUUCUGGGGAUCUUCGGUAAUCAGCGAGUGGAGUUCGUGAACGAAGCUCUCCGCGGUGAGAUCUCGCCGGACGGAAGUCAGUGUCUCAUCAAACUGCCGACCACGCGUAUCGGCGGGAACGGAUUUGUCUUCCAGCUGUACAAGCUGAGCACCCGAGAGCUACUCACAGAGGUGAAUCUGCACUACAACCACGCUCUGUUCGUGUUUGACCCACGCUUCUGCUCGUCUCGCAUCGCCGUGACCAGCUUCGUGGAAAAUGAGGACAACAGCCUGAGCCUGGUACGCAUGCCCUCGUGGGAGGUGGUCAGCACCAACUCGCGGGUCGACGACUUCAACUCCAGCCUCAACCCCAACCUGAAGGACAUCCGGUACUCACGGGACGGACAUCUCAUCUUCGCUGUCAUGAUCACAAGCGGAUGUCACUGCAAGGAGAAGAAGGCGCGACGCUUCCAGCCCAUUGAUGUCAGCAUCUACGUGUUUGACGGUGACUUAGCACACACUUUGCAUUGCGUCCAGUACCAUCGGUACGCCUGUGGUCAGCACUCAUGCCUAGUCAACUACAUGCCUGUGUUUUCUGAAUGUGGAAGCCGCAUGGCCAUUGUCCUCAACGACCUGGAGACGCCCAUAGAUCACGUUCAAAUUUACAAACUGCCCAUCAGAGGCAAUUUACAGAACCGCUGCCGCAUCCGCAUCCUUCAGAGUUUCCCUCCUGAGACCAUCAAGAAAUUGCCCUUGCCGCGCCGUCUCAUCAACUACUUGCGCUUCCAGCCGGACUAUUUGUGAAGAGUUUUCCCCCAUCCCCAAGUUUCCCCACACGCAGUUAUCUCCAACAGGAGCUGGCUGGUGUGGAUGUUUCCAGCAAACAAGUCGACCUGUCUUGCCAUGGAUGGCGUUAUCAUCCUUGUUGCCCCAGAGGGCAAUGUGGACUUUUGUGGGAGGGAAACACUUUCUCCUCAGUCCUCGGGCGAUGGUGAACAAGAGGUUUUCAAACUGCAGGGGUAUUGCUGCAGUCUGAAGUCAAGAAAACAACCAAGUGCCAUUUUAUUUGUGGGACUUGAAAGCCUCUGCGAGAUGUUUUAUGCUGGCAAGCAGCUGGAGAAAAAAAUUAAGGUGCCCCAAUACGUACCUUGGUGGAUGUAAACAGCCUGAGGUAGUCAAUGGCAAACUGGACUAACUUUUCGAAACCUUUUUGACUAAUCUAUCGAAAAGAAUAGUAGAACGAAUUUUUUCUAGGGAGAAAUUGUUCCUUUGAGAACAAGAUAUUAGCUACUGUCUACCUGCUUGUUAAUGAUGCAAUGUUGGUGUCUGUGUUGGUAGCUUGCUGAAAUAGUCUUUUUCAUGUGACAGUAAUCUCUGUUCUAGGAUAUAUAUAUAUAUAUAUAUAUAUAUAUAUAUAUAUAUAUAUAUAUAUAUAUAUAUAUAUAUAUAUAUAUAUAUAUAUCUGGUACCAAGCAGUCAACUUUCGUGGCUACAUCACCUCCUCAUACUUUUAGAUGCUUUCCUAAUUGUCAGAGGUCAGCUGAUCAACUGUUUUCAAACAUGUUUAUAUAAUCUGCUACAUCAAACACCAGAAAGUUGACAAAAGAUUCGACAGUUAUUUCACAAUGAUGACAAUGCACCGUUUGUAAGUUUUUUUAGGCCAUCUGACCUGACUGGCCUCACGUGAUCAGCUAUGUAAUUUAAAAGGUGUCAUUCUUGAACGAAUAGAAUUGGGAAUGUCCGCCCUGUACCUCCACAUUGCCUAACUUUUUUCAUACUCUGAUCGAGAGCUAGAAGACAUGGUGCUGACUUGAAUUGAUGACCUAGAUUUGUACGGGAGUCCUUUUGUGGCCUGUUCUUUCUCGUAGGUCGAGUCAUUUUGCUGUUUCAUAUUUCCCGGCUUCAGCUCACCCGAUAUUGUAAGCCUCCAUUCAUGUAUCCGAUUCCUCACCGAAUUGUUCUUCCCUGCUGGCAAACAGGUUCUCCUUGGGAGACACACCUCAUGUCUUGACCUGUUUGAGCUGAUCUUUCAGUCAUCUUUCAACCCGCAUGUUUUCCCGCAUUGUCACGAUCAUAACAUACUUUCCUAAGUCAUUUUUUUCUGGAUUUGUAGUUCUUGAUUUGGCUAAAACGUCUAUUACUUGCUUCGAGUCAUCAAUGGAGCAUGGAUUUCUUUCAUGUUCUCUAAAUCCAACCAUUGUAACAUUUUUUAAAUUUUCACUUUGCUCUAAAAUGGCGUUGAUUUAGGUGUUCAUUGGGUGUUUUAAAAACGUAUUCUCAAAACAAGAAAAAAUGACUUAGGCUAUUCUGCUAUGACUGCGACGUCACAUCGCUCUUGUUGGACUAAUAUUCUUCCGUUCUACCGCUGAUUUCUCACUGAGAUCUUCAUGCUUCUUCCCAGAGGGUUGUUCUUUUGGUCAGUUGCUUGUGCUUUCACAAAUUUGGUAAUGUUCACAUCUUCAUGAUCAAUUUUACAUCCUGGAGCAGACCUUGAUCCUUAUCGUCCACUGCCCCCCCCCCUUCU